AUGGCCGGGAAAUCGCCAAACAUGGCUGCUUUUUUGCUGCUGUUGUUGGCCGCAGCUAUCCCAUCCGAACUGGUGAUUGCUGUUAAACCAGUCCGUCAGAUCAGUAAUGAAUCAAAGAUACUUCAGGAUUCAAUCGUGGAAAAGAUCAAUGGAAAUCCUGCUGCUGGAUGGAAAGCUUCCAUCAACACUCGCUUCUCCAAUUACACAGUUAGCCAAUUCAAAUAUAUUCUUGGAGUAAAACAGACUCCUCGCUAUAUUUUAGACAAUAUUCCUGUCAAAAAACAUGCCAGACCUUUGAAUUUGCCUAAAGAAUUUGAUGCUAGAAGGACUUGGUCUCAAUGCAGCACUAUUGGGAGAAUACUUGAUCAGGGACACUGUGGUUCUUGUUGGGCUUUUGGUGCAGUGGAGGCUCUAUCUGAUCGCUUCUGCAUUCAUUUUGGCGUGAAUAUAUCUAUGUCUGUUAAUGACCUUUUAGCAUGUUGCGGGUUUUUGUGCGGGUUUGGAUGUGAUGGAGGUUAUCCUAUAUCUGCUUGGCGCUACUUUGUUAAGCAUGGUGUUGUGACUGAGGAGUGUGACCCAUACUUCGAUCAGAUUGGUUGUAACCAUCCCGGAUGUACACCAAUUUAUCCAACACCUCUGUGUAUGAAGAAGUGUCAUGUGAAAAACUUGCUUUGGGAGGAGAACAAGCGUUUCAGUAUCAAUGCGUAUAGAAUAAACAACGAUGUUCAUGAUAUUAUGGCAGAGGUUUAUAAAAAUGGUCCUGUAGAAGUUGCAUUCACAGUCUAUGAGGAUUUUGCCCACUACAAAUCUGGAGUUUACAGAUAUAUCACAGGUGAUGUCUUAGGUGGACAUGCUGUUAAGCUAAUUGGAUGGGGUACUAGUGAGCAAGGAGAAGAUUAUUGGCUACUUGCUAACCAGUGGAAUAGAAAUUGGGGUGAUGAUGGCUAUUUCAAGAUUUUAAGAGGGACAAAUGAAUGUGGCAUUGAAGCGAAUGUCGUUGCUGGGUUGCCUUCAAGCAAGAACUUGAUAAAGAACUCUACAGAGAUGGAUGCAGCUAUUGGUGCUUCUACUUGAUUUCUCAACCGGCCCCCUCUUGGAGGAAAAAAAAAUUAAGUUAUUUUGCUUGUCCACACAAAUUGAAAUGAACUAUAUAAUUUGCUAGGAUGUUUCAGCUUUUGUGAUCCUAUGAUAGGCAUAUAUAUCAUGAAGGAUGUUAUUUAUAUUGCUGUAAAAUUGGUGUGAAAUGAAAUAAUUGCAUAUUAUGAUUUCCUUUUGUUUUAUUGUCUUACUGCAUUUUUUGUUAAAUAAAGUAAUCUUGAUUUAGAGGAAACUUUUGGGUUAGAAUAGUUUGAUUCAUUUAGUGAAAAGAAAGAUACCUAUAUGUGUAUUAGUGUGAGUUCUGAGAUAUAUAUAUACAUAUUGAUCUCAUUGUUGAUUAAAGUUUAAAAAGAUAUAUUGUAGACAUUAUAGGAAGAUAUGGAUAUGGAUUGAGAGUGUAUUAAUAUUUAUUGUUUUAUUAAAAUAAAGGUAGUUCGGGUUUUAUUUGAAAUUUACUUAUGCAAAUUCCUUUUUUUUUUUGGAAGAUGAGCAAAAUUCUCUAGAGAAAUAUU